ACUGUGAAACUCAUUAGCGCGCACGGGUAUGUAUAUGUGUGUGUGUAUGUAUUUUCCUGUUGAAUUUGGAAGAUCCACUAAACUCUGAGGCUGAAGCUCUGCCGGAACACCCUAGCUCCUUGUUACAACCCCUCAGGCACACACACAACAAAGAUUUUGCUGUUCUACGGCUCCCUCCGCCCGGGUACUGUUCUAAGCGCAGACUCAACAACCGGAUCGGAGGAUUGAAGAUUCCUUAUCUUCUCUCUGUCUCCCCCCACCUCUAAAAUAAUUUGCAAGGAUGUCUUUUAAGCACCGAGGGAGCGCCUCCUUCCUUCUGAACAAGCCACAAUAGCUUGGGGGAAAGCACCCCCCUUCACUUUGUCUUUACUGCAUUCCGAAGUCACUCCGAUUUCUCCGAGAGGAACAGUCCCGACUGACUUAAAGGCGUUGUUUUCGAGGAUCCUCCGAGAUCUGGGGCUUGAGGGUCUUGGUGGAAUACGGAGUGUAAGGACAUUCCCCCCCUCCCCAUCCUAGGCAGGCGAUCCCGGAGCCACUUGGGCCGCCGGCAUCAUGUCUAAGGUGGCGACUCCAUCCGGAUCCGCACCUGGAGCCGGGGCGUCGGCGUCGUCGGCGCCCGGCUCGGAAAGUUGCGCGGCGGGUGUGGCCGAAGACCUCUCCAAGGUGUCGGACGAGGAGCUGCUGAAGUGGACCAAGGAGGAACUGAUCCGGAGCCUGCGCAAGGCGGAGUCGGAGAAGAUGAGCGCCAUGCUGGACCACAGCAAUCUCAUCCGCGAGGUCAACCGGCGCCUGCAACUUCACCUGGGCGAGAUCCGGGGACUCAAGGACAUCAACCAGAAACUUCAGGAGGACAACCAGGAGCUGCGAGACCUUUGCUGCUUCUUGGACGAUGACCGGCAGAAAGGCAAGAAGGUUUCCCGCGAGUGGCAGAGGCUCGGCCGGUACAGCGCGGGCGUCAUGCACAAGGAGGUGUCCCUGUAUCUUCAGAAGCUGAAGGAGCUGGAAGUUCGGCAGGAGGAGGUGGUGAAGGAGAACCUGGAGCUGAAGGAGCUCUGCGUCCUGCUGGACGAGGAGAAGGGUGGUGUUGCCGGUUGCCGAAACUCGAUCGACAGCCAGGCCAGCCUCUGCCAGCUCAAUGCCACGAGCGCCUUCAUCAGGGACGUUGGAGACGGCAGCAGCACCUCCAGCACCGGCAGCACGGACAGCCCUGACCACCACAAGCACCACCCGAACUCAAGUCCUGAGCACCUCCAGAAGGCGAGGAGCGAGGGGAGUCCCGAGCAUCAGAAACACCGCAGCGCCAGCCCCGAACACCUCCACAAACCCCGCGGCUCUGGCAGCCCCGAUCACCAGAAACACCUGAAAGGACCCAGCCCGGAGCAUCACAAGACUCUUGGAAAGGGGUCUGUGGAGCAGCAGAAGCACAGCUGCAGCAGUCCGGAAACGCUGCCGAAGCACUUGUUGAGUGGCAGCCCCGAACACUUUCAGAAACACAGGCCCGGCGGCAGCCCGGAACACCAGAAGCACAGCGCUGGCGGCGGAAGCCCCGAACUUCUCCACAAACACGCUCUGAGCGGGAGCUCCGAGCACCUCCCGAAAGCGAGGGGCACCAGCCCCGAACAUCUCAAGCAGCACUAUGGCGGAAGCCCGGACCACCUCAAGCACUUGGGGGGCAGCAGCAGCAGAGAAGGCACCUUAAGGAGGCCGGUGACGGAUGACCUCUCUCCCCAUCACCGAGGCCUCUACAAUGGGAUGAACGAAUCAACCUUGUCCUAUGUUAGGCAGCUGGAAGCAAGAGUAAGACAGCUGGAGGAGGAAAAUCGCAUGCUGCCCCAGGGUCCCAUUAGGAUGCCAACAAGGGCAGAUGGGAAUGUCUGCUCUCCGAGCGUCAAUGACCAGGCCUCCUCACCUUCUCAGCAGCCUGAAGCGGUGGUUAAUGGCCUCAAGGUUGUGUGGAGGAAACUUGGCGAUGCUGUCGGCUCGUGUCCUGGAAUUAGGCAACACUUGUCUGGAAACCAGUACAAAGGGCCUAUGUGAAUGGAUAUUUUUUUAAGGAACAAAGGAACAAUUUCAGCUACUGUUGGAUUUAGUCUUGUCAAAGCAACCUCUUUCCUAACAAUGAGACAACUUCAUUCAUGCUCUGUGAUCACCUCUGGAAACUGGAUUGCUCUCCCCACUCCCUCUGUUCCUGCAAGGACUUUGGCGAAAAGUAUCCGGAUCUCAUCACACUCAAUAUAUAUUCUGACUAAUCCAACUCUGCUUCUGCCAUGAGCAUUUACAGUGUAUACGACCAGGAGGUACCAGCUGAUAAUUCCAAAGGCUGUUAAAAUCUGCUGCUGGAGGAGAACCCCCAUGGAAGAAGUGUUUAAUGUGUCGGCCUUCCUGUGACGUUUCCCCAGGAGCUUUUCACCAGAUUGGAAAGAUACCUACAAACUGUGCCUUUUGGCCAUCCCAGUUUGGACAGUUAGGUUCUCCUGGUAGCUGUACACCAGGGUGUGUUAAAAAAAAUAUGUUAGUUAAUAUGGUGCUUAGGCAGAUUGCAGCUGAAACACUUUCCUUUGUAGAGUAAUUGCAUUCUGAGGUGCUAAAUAUAAGACCUUCAAGUCUCCUAACCAGCCAGUAGUGUAGCAAAGUAAGCAACAGCACUAAAACAGCCUCCCCACACCCGAAACAAAAAGAAUUCAUUUGUUUUCAUUCGUUUUGGCAAAUGUCUUCCGAAGAGGUGGCAUUUCUCCUCUUAAGAGAAGGCAUUCCUCUCUUAAGCUUGAAGGCCAAUGCUGAGGCAACCCCAGGAAUGGAGCAGCGAUGAGUCUGUCUUGUAAAGAGCAGGAAUUCCCUCUCUGAGAGACCAGAUAGAUCAAGGAGCUGGGCUGAUGGAUGGGCAGUCUCCCAGCAAAGAUCAGGAGCCUAGUUGCUAGGUGGCAGUAGUGCGAUAUUAGGGAGUCUGAUAUGGGAUCAGGUAUGUUCUGUGUUUUACCAGGCACAAGCCAAAGAGGCAGUCCAAAAAAGUAGGAGAGGGUUGUGCGAGGGAGGCCCAUUGGAGGAAGAGAGAUGAAGCAAAGACAAUGGAGGACUUCUAGAGUUUUGGCUUCCAGAAGUUCACCAGGGUAGAACAGAAGCUGGCGAGGGGAUGUAGAAUUCUGCUGAAUUCACUUGCUAGGCCAGCGGUUCUCAACCUGUGGGUCCCCAGAUGUUGUUGGACUACAACUCCCAUCAUCCCUGAGCUCUGGCCUAGCUAGCUAGGGGUGAUGGGAGUUGUAGUUCAACAACAUCUGGGGACCCACAGGUUGAGAAAGGCUGUGCUAGGCUUUUCACGCUAGCCAGAUGCUAAUUUCCAGAUCCAAAGAGCCCCAGUUUCCAGCUUCUCGUGAGGAUUGCACAUACCUGCUCAUACAUUAUACAGAGCAUCCAAGUUAAUUUCAUGGAUGCUGUCCAGAAAAUUAACCUUGAUUCUAGAUCAGGCUUUCCCAAACUUGGGUCUCCAGCUGUUUUUGGACUACAGUUCCCAUCAUCCCUGACCACUGGUCUUGCUAGCGAGGGAAGAUGGGAAUUGUAGUCCAAAAACAGCUGGAGACCCAAGUUUAGGAAACCCUGUUCUAGAUUACAACUUGGGGUGGAAGUCAUUGUAGCAUUAUGACAAUCAUUCCAUCAGGGCAAACAUUUCAGUUUGGGAGGCAGAAUGUUCCCCUUUUCCUGCUCCGGUGCACUGUUUGAGGGGUUCUCCUGACCCCCACCCCAGAACCAACUUGAGGAGUGCAUGGGGAGUAGAGGGGGGGGGAAGCCCCAUUGCACUUAUGGAAGUCAUGGUGCUGCUUUCUGCUAGUCUUGGAUCUGGCCCUUAAGACCCUGGCACAUAUUGAUGAUUCUGCACCAGACCCUGGUGUCUGGGACUCUGUGGGGUCCUCCUUGCUGCCUCUCUGCUUGCAUUACCAGGGGAAGGAACAAAGGGAGGACUAAAUUUGUGGCCUGAAGAUCUUAUGAAGUGUUUUAAGGCACUGAAUGCUCGGUGUCUUUAGGGCAAGUAGACCUUAGUGGUGCUGAAGUGGCCAGCUACUCAGGAUGUAGGGGAAGCAGCCAGUACUUCUGGGAAAUCACGUUGCUCUUACUGCUUUUGAUGAGUAAUCUGAGUGGCCAAAGGCAGUGGAGAGGACCUAGUUUGAGGUCUCCGGGGCAUAAGCUUCAUCAGAGCUCUUAUUCCAGCAGAAAUGUGGUGCAUCCUGGGAAGUCCAACCCCAUGGAAUGAUGCACCCUGAGAAGUUCAGCUUCCACGGUGGCCAGCUGUUCUGAAUGCACCAGGUGUGCAUGGAAGCAUCUGAGGUCCAAGAUCCUGGUUCGACCCUCUGGCAACUUAGCUGGAUGUGUGCGUGCGCAUGUGAUUUGCAACCCAUCAAUUCCAGCAGGUUUUGGGCUUUCAGGCCUGGAACCCUCUAAAAGGCCUGAUCCAUAUUAACUUGAGGCUAGAUCCUAGAUAGUUUGGACCCACGCAGAGCAGACAACCAAAAACAGAGCGUGCGAGUUGAACCGCAUGGCUGUGUUCCAGGUCGCACAAAGCUCUAGGAGGCCUGGGACAGGUUAGUUGGCUCCCGCAUGUGGAGUGAACAAAUUCCUCCCCUCCCCUAGUCCUGACUCCUUAUUAUGACAUAGUAAGUAUGCUCCCAUGUAGAUGACAUCACAGCUGUUAGCUUUAGAAUGCUGCCUGGGUCUCCCCAGCCACCUUGACUCCCAACAUAUGAACCCAUUUUUCUGUGCCACGUAGAAGCUGUCUACAACACCUAAAUAACAAUUGUCCGUGCUGGAUGUUCCUGGUUUCCUGGUGCUGUCUUCUACUGCGCUGUUGCAGAGCCCUGAGUUGAGUUGUGACGUCAGAGAGCACAACGAACCAAGCCUCAAACCUGUUGAAAAACACACUCCUUCCCAAACGCUUCUUUACUGGUGACGCGGGCUUUAGAAUUAAAUAUUUGAAGCCUCCACUCUGCCAAAUCCUGCCGGGGGUCCUUUUUGAGUACUGAGUGACUUCCUUCAUCCAUUUCCUUGACCACACAAAUAUUUUGCUUCACAGGAGUCUAUAAGAGCUUAUCAAGGUAGCGCUGUAUUUAUGAGAAUAAGAAGACGAAGAAGAAAGCUUUUGUUGCUGACGGUCGCAUUUUUUUCAAAGGAAACGUUGAAUAUUCUCAAAAGCAUGUCCUUCCUUCAUCCAAGGUUGUCCGUUGUGCCUGAGUUUCUGGACCUGGGUGGGCUUACGCUGACAUUUCUCUCUCUCCCCCCCCCCAUUUCCCCACCCCCUCCAUAUGCCAUUAGAUUGUGUGUAUUCAGCUCUGAUAGCUAUUUUGUGUAUAUCUCAAAAUGCAGCAACAGUUUCUCGUAUGAAUGUGCAACAGGCUUGUGAAUAGAUGCUGUUGCUUUGACUUUCUAACCAUAGCUGAGUAUUUAAAGCAAAAAAGCAAACAAAACAAAACCAAGGCAAACAUAGGAAUGCAACAAUUCCCAAGUUUUUGGGUUCCCCUCCCCCUUGAUUAAUGAGAUUGGGUUCCCCAAGCUUAUAUCAUCUUCUCGCCAAAUGGGCUUUGUUACAUGUUGUGUUAUUGAUCUGUGGGUCGUGGAAUGUGGCGGCGCUGUGUCGGUGCAACCCUUUCGCCCUAUACAUGGUAGCGCAAGCGUAAAUUUGCUACCCCUUUUCUAGAAGGAAGAAGAAGAAGAAAUCACAAAGGGAUUGAUUUGUUUCAGUGGCUCGGUCGCUUUGCUAAUUUUUUCCUUUCCCCCCCUUUUUAACGACGUCAUGCUAAUGAAAACCACCACUUCGGCUAUUUCUCUUUAAAUUGUUGUAUUCCUAUAAUCGUGCGAGGAACAAACGGCGAAAAGAAAAGAAACCCUCAAAAGAAAUUGUGCUUGCAGUCAAUGGGCUGGAUCCAAAGAGCUGUUUUUGAGUUUGUCCAGGGAGGUUGUCUGACUAUUUUUCAUUGAAGAGCUGUCCUUCCCAAUCCCAUAUUGCAAACUGCUUGGAAAACGCCCUUUGGCUGUAGAAGUAGCUUGCUGAUGGGGCAGGUGGAGGUGCUGUUCGAGGAAGAAAAGUCCGAAACCUCAAACCCCCACAAUCCCAUGAGAGUUUGGAUCCAGUUUUCUGGUUCUUUGGGUCCCAGCCACGCCCUGCGGCCGCUAAUUUGAGUGAUGCUGGUCUUUUGCCACGACGCGUAUGUAAAUUUUGAUACUGUAUUAAAGCUAUUUUUUUACAAUUCACCAUAUAAUGGGGGUGCCAGGCAUUGUGUGUUCCAUCUUAGCAACGGUAAUAAAUUAUUUAAUCUCA